AUGUCUAGCUUCCAGGUUCCAGUCGAGUUGACUAAUGCGGAUGAAUCCCUUACGUACGAUGCCAUUGUUGUGGGAUGCGGUGUUAUCGGACCUUGCGUCGCCACGGGUUUGGCGAGAAAGGGUAAGAAAGUGUUGAUAGUGGAAAGGGAUUGGGCGAUGCCAGACCGUAUCGUCGGUGAGUUGAUGCAGCCCGGUGGUGUCAGAGCUUUGAAAAGCUUGGGGAUGGUCCAGUCCAUUAACGACAUCGAAGCUAUUCCAGUGACUGGUUACACAGUUUUCUACAACGGCGAAAAGGUUGCUAUUCCAUACCCAUACAGAGCGGACGCUGGGCCUGUCGAGAAAAUAGGUGACUUGGUGCGUGGUGGCAACGACAAAGUUUCUGACGAUGAGACUAUCAAAGUCAAAGAUUUUGAAGACAGCGACCGUGAAAGAGGCGUAGGGUUUGUGCACGGUAAGUUCUUACAAAAUUUGAGAACAAUUGUGGCCCAGGAACCCAAUAUUACCAGAUUACAAGGUAACGUUAUUGAAAUCUCGAAGAAUAAACAUAAUGAGGUCGUAGGUGCCAAGGUUGACAUCAACGGCCGCGGGAAAGUAGAGUUCCGUGCUCACAUCACAUUUAUCUGCGAUGGGAUCUUUUCUAGAUUCAGAAAGGAGCUUUCUCCAGACCAUGUCCCCAAAGUUGGAUCUUCCUUUGUGGGAAUGAGUUUGUACAAUGCCAAAAUGCCUUCUCAGAAUCACGGUCAUGUUAUCCUGGGAACUGAACAUUUGCCCAUCUUGGUGUACCAGAUUUCCCCCGAAGAGACUCGUAUAUUGUGUGCUUACAACUCUCCCAAGCUACCUUCAAGUAUCAAGGAUUGGAUGAUCAAGGACGUCCAGCCUUUUAUUCCUGAAUCCCUGCGUCCCUCGUUCGACAAUGCAAUUGCUGAAGGAAAAUUUAAAUCAAUGCCAAACUCAUACCUCUCCGGACGACAAAACGAUGUUCUUGGGAUGUGUGUCAUCGGAGAUGCAUUGAACAUGAGGCACCCACUGACCGGGGGUGGUAUGACCGUUGGAUUGAAUGACGUCGUGCUCUUGAUGAAAAAAAUCGGUGAUCUAGAUUUCAGCGAUCGUGAGGUGGUUCUAGACGAGUUGCUUGACUAUCAUUAUGAAAGAAAAAGCUACGACUCUGUUAUCAAUGUAUUGUCAAUUGCGUUAUAUUCACUUUUCGCUGCUGACAACGACAAUCUAAGAGCUCUGCAGAAGGGGUGCUUCAAAUAUUUCAAGAGAGGUGGUGACUGUGUAAGGCUACCAGUGUCUUUCUUAUCUGGUGUGAUGCCAAGACCUUUCCUUCUCACCAAAGUUUUCUUUUCUGUGGCUCUGUAUGCCGUUUAUGUGAAUUUCGAGAAAAGAGGUGCCCUCGGAUUUCCUGUGGCCCUUUUGGAGGGUAUUGCGAUUUUAGUUACUGCCGCUAGAGUCUUCACUCCAUACCUGUAUGCUGAAAUGAUCGGUUAG